AUGACUGCUCCGGGUUCCGACUUUCUCGACUCCCUGAGCCACCUGUUCAGCGAGGCUGGAUCUGGAGGCCGUGACGGGAAGAUCGAGUUUGCGCAUCUCCGUGCCACUCUCAUCAAGUUUGUCUCCGCCUGCAGCCGCAUGACUGCCGCCAAAGCGCGUGCGAGCCACAACCUCAAGUUCAUCGAUGGCAGCGAGCCACAGACCCUCUUGGCGCUGCCCCCAGGCAAGCUCCGCAUCGACGACAAGAUGCGCGCCGAGCUCGAAGCCACUACCACCGGAGACGAGUUUAUCGAGAUCCUCCGCGACCUGAUCACCAAGCAGGUUUCUCCCCGCCGAAGCCCCCGAGGCCACAAGAACACUAGCCCAGUGCAAACCCCUCCCGGUAGCCCCAAGAGCAAGGCCCAGCAGCGUGCCGAGGCCGCCCAGAAGAACAAGAAGAAGACGGUUCGAAUCAAGUUGCGACGCAGCGGAGAGCGACCGGACACUGAUGAAAAGGCACAGAAGACUCAGACUCAGACCCAGGCCAAGCAGACCGAAACUGCCAAAGAAUCGCGCCCCAUCAUCAGCCAGGAGGCCCUCGCUCGGCUUGUCCCCAAGCUUGCUCAGCUCUCUUCCAAGCCUGCUGAGCUCGUUCCCAAGCCUGCUCAGCCCGUUCCCAAGUCUGUUCAGUCCGUCCUCAAGCAUGUUCAGCCCGCUCCCAAGCCUGCCCCCAAGCCUGCUCCUGCCCACAACCUGCCGGGUCCUAUGGAUGUCGAUGCCAACGAUGAUGACGACUCCAGCGAGGGGUUUGCUUCGAGCGAAAGUUCCGACACCUCUAGCUCCGAGGACCAGUCCAUCACCUACUCCGACAACGGAGACACCCAGAUGGGGGAUGCCGUUAUCCCCAAGGUUGAAGAGGCCGCGAAUGCAUGGCCCGCUCAGCGCCGACCUCACAUCAGCGAGGUGACUGCCGCCGCUGCCCAGUGUAACGCAGGAGAAUGGGAGUCGUUCAAGCCCCAGUUGCUUGACAUGCUGGCCCGAAUCGAAGCGGACCCUACCGAAGAAGAAAUCGAAGCCGCCUUGAAGCGCCUCGAACAGGCAGUCGUCAAGACCAAGGCAGAGCGCCAGUUCAUCCCCGACCGAACCUGGCAGAAGUACCACACCAAGCUCGUCAAGGAUGCCAAGAAGGGUUGGUUCGAGAAGAACUGGGACGACAGAAUCUGGAGAAUCGGCAAGAUCUGCUACCUCAAGGAAGAAGAGGCCGUCAUGGUUGACCGUAACUGGGACCGCCUCCGCGCUGCCGCCAAGGUGUGCGCCAUCCUCACCGACAUGACCGCGCCUCCCCAGGAGCCCAACAAGAGCGCCUCUAUCGACAAGUGGCUGGCCGAGAAGCUCGAUAGCAUCACCUUCCUCAAGAAGGCCCUCGACUGCCGGGAGCAUUACUCGGCCAUCUGCGGUUUUUGA